GCCCCGCGUCUCAGUCCCGUCGUGCCCCGCACUCCAGCUGCCUUGCGCCUCCCGGCGGCGGCGCGGAGCGGGCCCGGCGUUCUGUCCGUCACCGCCAGGCCCCGAGCGGGAGCCGAGGCCGCCCCGCCUCCCCGCGAUGCCCCCCAAGAAGCAGCAGCAGCCGGCGGGGGGCAGCAAGAAGGCGGACCAGAAGAAGAAGGAGAAGAUCAUCGAGGAUAAAACAUUUGGACUGAAGAACAAAAAAGGUGCGAAACAACAGAAAUUUAUCAAGGCUGUGACUCACCAGGUUAAAUUUGGUCAGCAAAAUCCACGUCAGGUUGCUCAAGCAGAAAGUGAAAAGAAAUUAAAAAAAGAAGAUAAGAAGAAGGAACUUCAAGAAUUAAAUGAACUCUUCAAGCCUGUGGUUGCUGCGCAGAAAAUUAGCAAAGGUGCUGAUCCCAAAUCUGUAGUUUGUGCUUUCUUCAAGCAAGGGCAGUGCACUAAAGGAGACAAGUGCAAGUUUUCUCAUGAUUUGUCCUUGGAAAGAAAGUGUGAAAAACGUAGUGUCUACAUUGAUGCGAGAGAUGAGGACCUUGAAAAAGAUACAAUGGAUAACUGGGAUGAGAAGAAGCUAGAAGAGGUGGUGAACAAGAAGCACGGUGAGGCAGAAAAGAAAAAACCCAAAACUCAAAUAGUCUGCAAAUAUUUUCUUGAUGCUAUUGAAAACAACAAGUACGGAUGGUUUUGGGUCUGUCCGGGUGGCGGAGACAAUUGCAUGUAUCGCCAUGCUCUUCCUCCAGGUUUUGUACUCAAAAAAGACAAAAAGAAGGAGGAAAAGCAAGAUGAGAUUUCCUUAGAAGAUCUAAUAGAAAAAGAGCGUGCUGCCUUAGGACCAAAUGUUACCAAAAUCACUUUAGAGUGUUUUAUUGCAUGGAAGAGAAGAAAAAGGCAAGAAAAAAUUGAUAAGGCAGAGCAAGAUAUGGAAAGGAGGAAAGCAGAUUUCAAAGCCGGCAAGGCUUUGGUGAUUAGCGGACGUGAGGUGUUUGAGUUCCGACCGGAGCUGGUUGAUGCUGAUGAUGAAGAAGCCGAUGACACUCGCUACACUCAAGGAACGGGAGAAGAUGAUGAGGUGGAAGACCCUGUUUGCGUCAAUGAUGUGGACCUGAGCCUGUAUGUCCCAAAGGCUGUAGAUGAAACUGGCAUUACUGUGGCUAGUCCUGAGCGAUUCAGCACAUACGCUUGCAUAGAAAGAGAUGACAAUAAACUAAGUGAAGCUUCUGGUGGUGAGAUAAACAACAGUGAACAAAUUGAUUCUGAAGGAGAUCGUGAUGGUGAUGAGUUAGAAAAUGGAGCCAUCGAUGCAGUUCCUGUUGAUGAAAACCUUUUUACUGGCGAGGACUUGGACGAACUAGAAGAAGAACUGAACACUCUUGAUUUAGAAGAAUGAAUUAAAAAGCUCGAGAGGAAAUUAAAAUUGAUGUGAUAAAGUGCAAACUGACUAUGCUUUUUCUCCUUUUUGAAUAGGAUUCUUGAAUGGGAUGUUUAUGGUUACCCAGCUGAUUCUGAUGGGCAUGUCAUAUACCAGGAUGACUUUACUUCAGUCUCAUCUCCGGUCUUGCUAUGAUCACACUAAAAUACUCAGAAUAGUUCAUAAUAACCUGGCAACUGAAUCUGCAGUGAAUGGUAUUAUAAAGUCACUUGAUAGUAGGAAGUGUAACUGCUUUGCCAGUAUGCAAAUGUAAGGGGAAGUUGGUACCAGGUACAGUAUGAAAUAAAAAGUAAACGUUCUUGACCGGAACUGCAUUUUUAAUAGUGAUUGUGUUGAUUUAGGCACUGCCUGACUAGCUUUUUCGCUGCGCGCUCUAUAGAGGAGCUGAUGCAGGUCACUUUUCUUUAUGUGUUGAUUAGCUUUAUUUGAUCAGCUGGAUACCGAGGAUACAGACACUGAAUUGAUACAUGAUACAGUACAAUAAGGUGCCCUCUGUUUAAAAUGGCCUUUUGCCAUGAAAACUGUAAAUAAAAACUAUUGACUUUCAAAGGCCCGUGUUGAUUUUUCUAUGCUAAAUUAGGAUAUGACAGCAAAUGGGUAGUAACAUAAUUUUCUGUUACAGUGAUGGAUGCUUUCUCUCCAGUCCUCAUGAAGUGACUUACGUCGGCUUAAAUUCAAUUAGGGGUAGUGUCUAUUUGAUGCUUUUCUUUCCUACUCUUCACGCAGUGUGUCAGAUUCAACAGCUGACUUCCCCUCCUGCUCUCAUCUCCCACCCAUCCAUUAACAGUUGUAAUCCAAGCUAUACAGUGCCCGUUUUGGAUCCAGGCUGAUGCUUUCCCUGCUGUAUGUUAGGUAGGACUGAGCUCUGUGGAGCAGGGGAUGUUACAGUCUAAAAAAUGCCUGUAAUAUGUUGGUAAUGCGAUGUAUUAUGUUGGGUACUCUUGAAGUUCUGUAGCCAUUACAUUUGGCUGACAGCAGAGCUGUGGAUGUUGCUGUGUACCCUGCAGGGGGCAGCUGUUGUCAGGUUUCAACCAUGUUAAGGUGCCCUUUGAAAUUUAUCAAAACCUUACCAUAACGAUGUCUAUCGAGGUGCUUUUUCAAGGGGGCUGUAGGUUAUGCCUCAAUGCUGUACUACUAAGAAUCUGUAACAGUACUGUUGUUCUAAAGGAUACCGUUUAUAUGGCCAUUUUUCUAAAGUUUUCAGGUUACUACUUCAGGUUUGUUAAGCUUCAUGGCGUUGUUAGCGAGCUUACUCAAACCACUGUCGAGUGGUAAUAGGAGCUUUAAUGGUUAUUUUUGACACUGCUGAAUCAACUCUUGUAUCGUUAAUGCUAUAUCUAAAAUAGCUGACCUACACUUUUUUUUUUUGCCCUUUUUGGGAUCUUUGUGGUAUUAUUUUUGUCUUACAGGAACAAGAAAGUAUUUGGGGGGGAAGAAAGGAUCUACUGAAAUGGACUCCUACAUGUAAGUGUUCAAGGAUGAGCUGCAAUAUCAGAUAAUAAAUGUUAAUUUCUGCAGAGUUUUCUCUUGUGGCCAUAAACAAAGUGUGUUGACUGUCUUGUAUUAUACUGGCCAGAAAUCGGCUGUUUGGUUAUCAGGAUGCUUAAGAAUGCAAUUCAAAUUUGAAUGUAUUAUGCAUAAUUUUUCAAAGUUGUAUAUUUUAAAUGGGAAUAAACUAAUUAAUAAGGA